GGCACUUCACCAAAACAAACUGCGUGCAUGGGACACGGGUGAAAUAGUUGGGAACAGGGAAGAAGUCGCCGGGCCAGUCAGAAAAUCUGGAGAAGAAAGCGAAUGGAGCGAUAAACACGAGUCAGCUAACAAGAGAGACACUGCUGGGACGUCAGAGGUGGUUAACAAUGGACCACAACAGUGAGACCAAGAAGAUGACCUCUAACCCUUCUGAAACCCAGGACCUGGCUCCACCCACAGGCCCAGGCUGCAGCUGGCUGGUGGUCGUAGCGGCUGUAGCGGCCUCUCUGAGCGGCUUGAUGCUGGGCUAUGAAAUGGGCCUGACCUCUGGAGUCCUGCUGCAGCUGCGGGACUUCCUCUCCCUCUCCUGCCGGGAACAGGAACUGCUGGUCAGCUCCCUCCUGCUCGGCGCUCUCCUCAUCUGCCUGGUCGGAGGUCCUAUUCUGGAUCGCUACGGCCGCCGCUGCUCUUUGCUCCUGAGCGCUGCCCUGGUGAUCGGAGGGAGCGUCGUGCUCAUCUCAAUUACCUCACUUGUUGCACUCACACUGGGCCGGGUAAUAGUCGGCAUGGGAACAUCGCUGUCAGGGACAGCAGCGUGUCUGUACAUUGCAGAGAUCUCCCCGAGGGAGAGGAGGGGUCUUCUGGUGACGCUGUAUGAGCUGAUGUUGGUUGUGGGCGUAAUGCUGGGAUUUAGCUGUAGUUACGCUUUUGCUACUUUUCCCUACGGCUGGGCGUAUACAUUUGGACUAGUAAUCCCCCCAGCGCUGCUGCAGAUCAGUGUACUUGUGUUCCUACCACCCUCUCCACGCUUUCUAGUCACCCAGGGGAAAGUGGAGCAGGCCAGGAUAGUGCUUGCCAGAAUGAGAGGUGGGGUUCAUGAGCAUGUGGAAAAGGAGCUCCGAGACAUCCAGGCAGGACUUAAAGAGGAAUCAGAGCAUAGUUUCUGGGAGUUGUUCAGCACCAAGGCCAACUUGCGUUCACGGCUGCUAACAGGUGUGGCCUUAGUAUUCCUUCAGCAGGCUACUGGUCAGCCCAACAUCCUCUCCUACGCUUCACCACUUUUCCGCAGUGUAGGCUUCAACAGUGAUGCCGCAGCAACCUUGGCCUCCACAGGGUUUGGAGUUGUUAAGGUAGUUGGCACCAUCCCAGCCGUGUUGCUGGUCGACCGCGUGGGACCCAAGAGCUUUUUGUGCGUGGGUGCUGUCGCAAUGGGACUGUCGCUAGUUGCACUUGGUACAUUGACACUGCAAAGCCACACUCACCUCACCAGCCUGUGUAAAAGUCACACUACACUAAAUCACACAAUUACGCCGUGGGAUUUCAACCAAACCACUAAAGACUUCGACAACAGUGCCAUUUUUUCUACUGACCUCCCCAGCCAAUGGAACAGUGAGGAGGCACAGCCAACUAACAGAGAGGGUGAUGGGAUUGGGGAGCCAGGAGGAGGAAGUACUUCCUUUCUGAAGUGGGCAUCAUUGAUCAGCUUGCUGGUGUUUGUGGCAGCCUUCUCCAUUAGCCUUGGACCAAUGGUGUAUGUGGUUCUCAGUGAGAUCUUUCCAAUGGGAGUGCGAGGCAGGGCUGUGUCUGUGGUCUCGGCUGUAAACUGGGCCACUAACCUGCUCAUCUCCAUGACCUUCCUCACAAUUACAGAAAAGAUUGGUGUUUCCAAUGUGAUGUUCCUCUACGCUGCCAUGACUUUCGUUCUGCUGGUGUUUGUCAUCCUCUGUGUACCCGAGACCAAGGGUCGCACGCUGGAGGAGAUAUCGAAAGAACUGGCUAAGAAGAAGCCUUUUGAGGUGAGGCUCUGCAGGCAGGUUCAGCCUCAGGAAAGCCUGAUCCAGGGCAGCAGUAUGUCCACAGAGAUUCCAGACAACGUCUGAUUUUUUUUUUUACACCUCACCUGAAGAUGAGUCAAGAGCAAGGAUCAACCAGGACAAUAUAUUAGCACUGUUCAGGAUUUGGGGUACAACUCGUACAUCUCACCCACAUCUUUACAUCGCUGCAGUUCUAGCUGAUUUCUGUAAUGAUAUCUGUGUCACGUAUAAGUCCUUCUAGCUACAUGCUGUAUGUGACGGAAAAAAUCAACAAGAUAGGAAUGUGGUAAUUACAUAUGCAGGAAAGAACUAAAUAAUGGCAGUAUUUGUGAAUUUGCCCAAAUGAGGAUUUCUCAGGGAUCAAUCUUGCUUGUUAGAAGUCAGUAAAGAAUGGUAAACAAUAGAGAUGACAAUGUGAUUAUAUAAAAAAAAAAAUAUUUAAUUAAUUUCUUACUUUACCUCUCCAAUUAAAUAUACAGCGCAAAUAAUGCAGAAAGGAACAAAAUCCAGAAUAAAUUGACUUCUCACCAGCCAGUAGAAUGAAUGUGGAUGAAUGUGCAAACUGUACUUCUAGACAUUUGUAGUUGUUUUUUUUCCAUUUUGACCUGGCAUUGUGAUGAUUGACAUAUCACAGGGAAAUCCAAGAUGCACUAAACAAUCAGACACUAAUCACUUUAAAUGUCUUUGUAUGUAACAUGUUUUUAAAAAUGCAAAGAAAUUCCUUUAUCAUGACAUUUAUACACUGCUCCCAGUCAAAUGUCAUGUAAAAACACUAACAGGGCUCAAACCAGACAGGUCAGUUAUGCUACAAAACACACUAAUCUACAUGGUGACAGAAAUAUGGAUAAAGGCCACAGUACUCUAACA